AUGGCAAUAAACCGUCCUGCGAUCGCUUCGAUGUCCCUGGGUCGCCCAUGGAUCCAUGACCUCCCAGGAAAAUUGAUGCAAGCCGCUGCGCACGGAUUCGAAGGGAUCGAACUAUUCUUCGACGACCUCGACUGCUACGCCCAGCGGACAUUCAACGGCAAUCACCUCGAAGCAGCACGACAGACCCGCCGACUCUGCGAACGGCUAGGCAUGACUAUCAUCUGCCUACAGCCAUUUUCGAUGUACGAAGGAUUGCUGGACAGAGCCGAAUCGGAUAGACUACUCGACGAGAAACUCCCUCGAUGGUUCACCUUGGCGCGGGCGCUGGGAACCGACAUGAUCCAAGUGCCAUCCAAUUUUCUGGGCCCAGACCCCGAGACCGGAAAGGCACGCACGACCGGCGACCGUGGCGUGAUCGUGCGUGACCUCCAACGCCUGGCUGACUUGGGUGCUGGCGCUGGCUUCCGAUUUGUCUACGAAGCCCUAUGCUGGGGAGAGCACAUCGACACAUGGGAGGCGUCAUGGGAGGUCGUACAGGGUGUCGACCGCCCCAACUUCGGUCUCUGCCUGGACUCCUUCAACAUCGCCGGUCGUAAGAUCUUCUAUGUCCAGCUCGUGGACGGAGAGCGACUAGAUGCUCCCCUGGACGAGAGGCAUCCUUUCUACGUUGCUGGCCAGCCGGCCCGCAUGUCAUGGUCCCGCAACGCUCGGCUCUUCCCGUGCGAAGAGUCGCGCGGGGGCUAUCUUCCGAUUGUCGACGUUGCACGCGUCUUUUUUGAGGAUCUCGGCUUUCGAGGCUGGGUCUCUCUGGAGCUUUUUAGUCGCACCCUCGCUGAUCCUGAUCCAUUCACCCCAGCCGAGCAUGCGCGCAGGGGGAUUGACUCUUACCACAAGAUGGGCCGCCUUCUGAAGUGGGAGGGCCAGGUGGAGCAGACGCCUGCGCCAGGAAUAGAACCCACCUCGUUCGUACAACACCGUUUGUAG